AUGGGUGCAUACAAGUACGUGUCGGAACUAUGGAGGAAGAAGCAGUCAGAUGUGAUGAGGUUUACGCAGAGGAUUAGGUGUUGGGAGUUCAGACAGCAGCCUUCCAUUGUCCGUCUUGUUCGUCCCACUCGUCCCGACAAAGCUCGUCGUCUCGGCUACAAAGCCAAGCAGGGAUUUGUUGUGUACCGUGUGCGUGUGAGACGUGGAGGUCGCAAGAGACCUGUUCCCAAGGGUAUUGUUUAUGGUAAACCCACUAAUCAGGGAGUGACACAGCUCAAAUUUCAACGCAGUAAGAGAUCUGUUGCUGAGGAACGUGCUGGUCGUAAACUUGGUGGCCUUAGGGUCGUUAACUCCUACUGGCUCAACGAGGACUCUACUUACAAGUACUACGAGAUUAUACUUGUGGACCCUGCACACAAUGCUAUCCGAAAUGAUCCAAGGAUCAGCUGGAUCUGCAACCCAGUGCACAAGCAUAGAGAACUCAGAGGGAUCACCUCGGAAGGAAAGAAGAAUCGUGGUCUUCGUGGAAAAGGUCACAACAAUCACAAGAACAGACCUUCCCGUAGGUCUACAUGGAAGAGGAAUAACACCUUAUCCCUCCCUCGUUACCGAUGA